GUAAUUAAAUCGCAACAUGAAAAUCUGAUACCGGUAUAUCCCUACUCAUGUCAUUAAAUUUUGGUCAGAUGAAAUUUAUAUUUUUACAUUCAUAUUGACAUUUUAGCCAUUCUUAUGAGUUAAGUUCCAACCCUCAUCCAACAAUUAUCAUCUGGUUGGAAUUAGAGAAAAAAUUUCAACUAGUUGAAUUAAAUGGAUAAACUAUUUAAAAUAAGUGACCACACAUAUUUAUUAAGCUUUUGGAUGCUAUUUCCAGGCAAACAUUUAGAUCCAAUACUUUAAACACAACGACAAAACUGACAUUACCUGUUAUAUUGCUUCCCCAAUUACAGAAAGUUCUCUACAGUCAACCACACUCACUCAACAACGUUAUCCACAGUUCACACUUGAUCAAAACCAAGGUUGUUCCAGCUAAAAUAAAACAACAACAAAAAGAACAUGUACCUGAUAGUGGAGUUCGUCGGAGAAGGGAGUACCGGUCCUGUAGCAAGGUCCUGGUACUCAGAUGGCCACUCAUGGUGGCCUCCAUACAAAGACUUGGACCGGUUACUAAAGAGCGUCAGGUUGAUGGAGGCACCACAGCCAGAUAAGGGUUGGACCAAGCAUCAGGCCAGAAUUCUACAUGAGUCGGCAUCAUUUGACAACAUUUCCAAAAAAUGGAAAAGGGCAUGCUACACUUCUGACAUCUCAGAAUCUGAAAAUUCUAUAAAAAGAAUUCACAAAAAGAAAACAUUCUCAUCAGAUGAUGAGCUUCAUGAAACCCCCAACAAAAAAGUUAAAAUGCACUUGUUAAUCACCACCAAAGGGCCAUGGAGAAGCCAGAGCAGGCCCGUUUUGAGACUUUCCCCAGCUGUCAAGUUCCAUCAUUCUCAGCUCCAGAUGUUCCCAUGAGCUUCUCCCAGGCAGAUGAGCCACAAGAUCAUUGGGGUGAACACUCACCUGACAUUCAAGACCGCCAGCUGGAAACUUGGGAAGAACACCCAUCUAUCACUCAAGAGAACAAAUUCUCUGCCUUAAGACCCUCUCAAGACCAAAGACUAUCAACCACACAACAAGGAAUAAUGCAAACUGUUCCAGUGAGCUUGUCCAAUGAAAAUGAGCAAGAAGAUGCUUGGGGUGAACACCCAUCUAACUUUCAAGAGAACACAAUCUCUGAACAAAGAUCCUCAAGUACUCACCAGCCAAGAACAAAUAGUGCUUCUGGUGUGAGACGAUGGACCUGCAUCACUAAUCAAUGUACACCUGUUGAGAGGACAAUUCUGGAGGCACUUAAUGAACUGGACAUGAAGAUCAAUCAUCUGACUUCAGUGGUCCAGUCCCUUGCAGCAAACAACCGUUCCAGUGCUCCAGUGGUGAACAGCGAGGAUGAUGUCUUCCCUCUCACAACCAUGGAGGAACUAGACAAACUGGAAAGAAAAUUAUCAGAGAAAGCAAUGAUGCAAAAGAUGGUGAACAGGUUAUCCAUCAGUGGAGGACACACACUGAAGAAAACAAUAUGGAGAAUAUGCUCCAAGGUGUUUGGUCCUGUAGCCAAACAGCUGAACUGGUGUGGUAGGGGAGAAAAGCGAGGGAUCAGGAAAACAAACAUAGGAGCACUCCUAAUAGGAGCAGCUAUGAAGAAUCCCGUGCUUCCGUCGCCAACUGAAGCAGAGGCUGAAAAACACAGUAAGGAUUAUCUCCGCUUGGCCCCAGGGAGAAUGCCUUGUUAGUCAACUUGAUUUUUUGUUGUUUGUUUGGUUGGUUCAGGAUUAAAAUAAUAAUAAUAAUAACAUAAACGACUGCUUAUUUUCAUUCACUGUUAAUAAAAGGAUACAAAUCAUUCAACAG